AGCAGUGGCAGCUGCUGGGCGCCUCGUAGCCGCUUCGCGCGUGCUCUCUUGAUCCCUUCCCUCGCGCCGCGCUCUCGGGAGGGGGAAGGGCGGACUCGACCGGUUCCGAGAGUCUGCGGAGAGGGCGAGAGAACCAGACUCGCGCGCCCCGGGCACCUCCGGGCUCAACCGUCCGGGACCGAAAGCGGCAUCAGUGGUAGUGACGAUUCCAGGAUGGAAGGGGACCGGCUGGAACCCGUCGUUACCAUUAAGAAUAUUGAACGAGAACUCAUCUGCCCAGCAUGCAAGGAGUUAUUUACCCAUCCACUUAUUCUCCCUUGUCAACAUAGUAUCUGCCACAAAUGUGUAAAAGAAAUUCUGUACUUAACAUUUGAAGAUUCGUUCAAUGAUGCCGCUUCAGAAACUUCCAAUCACAGUAGCCCUCGCAGUAGAAUGAAUUCCCCUAGCUUGGAUAGAAUUGACAGGGUUAAUAGAUCAGGUUGGAAACGCAAUUCAUUAACUCCUAGGACAACAACCUUCCCUUGCCCAGGAUGCCGGCAUGAUGUAGAUCUUGGCGAACGUGGGAUCAGUGGCCUAUUUCGAAAUGUCACAUUGGAAACUAUUGUAGAACGGUACAGGCAGGCAGCGAGGGCAGCCACAGCUAUUAUGUGUGAUCUAUGUAAACCUCCAGCACAAGAAUCCACAAAGAGCUGCAUGGAUUGUGGUGCAAGUUAUUGCAACGAAUGCUUCAAAAUACACCAUCCCUGGGGAACUUUAAAAGCCCAACAUGAAUAUGUGGGACCAACCACCAAUUUCAGACCUAAAGUAAGUGUUAAUAUGUUAUCCUGCUUUAACUUAAAAAAAAAACAGUGCAAUGGUGAAAGAGCGAAGGAGGAAGCGUCUAAUAACUUCGAUAAGCUGUUUCAUGUUUUGGAGGAAAAGAAAAACACUGCAAUUAGAGCUAUUGAAACAUCCAAACAUUUAAGAAUGGACAAAUUGCAUUCUCAAAUAGAAGAGUAUCAGGGGCUUCUAGAAAACAAUGGCCUAGUGGGAUAUGCGCAAGAAGUUCUCAAAGAAACAGACCCAUCUUGUUUUGUUCAAACAGCAAAGCAGCUUCAUGAUAGAAUUCAGAAAGCUACUGAAUCUUUGAAGAGCUUUAGGCCUGCAGCUCAAGCUUCUUUUGAAGACUUUGUUCUUGACAUAGAAAAGCAACAGGAAGCUCUUGAAAAUAUGUGUUUCCAUUCAAAUGAAAAUGUUAAUAUUCAACCUUAUGAAUAUUACCGUAUCUCUAUUUUGAUGUGUCCGGAACAUGAAAUGGAAAAAGUAAAUAUGUACUGUGAAAUAUGCAGAAGACCUGUUUGUCACCUUUGCAAAUUGGGUGGUACACAUGCAAACCAUCGAGUGACUACCAUGAGCAGUGCCUACAAAACACUUAAGGAGAAACUUUCGCAGGAUAUACACUACCUCAUUAGUAAGGAGAGCCACGUGAAAAACCAAAUUACAGAGCUUGGUCUUUUAGUGAAAGAAGCUGAGUAUUCCUUUUUCAGAUACGAACAAGACAGUGGUCAUGACAGUGGGAGUGAAGACAUCUUUGCUGAGUCCUUGCAGCCUUUCACAUUAAUAACUAUAGGCAUGAAAAAAAUGUUUAUUCCUAAAGCAUCAUCUGCUUCAGCUGCUCCCAAAGAUUGUGUGAACAGAGUUCUUCCCAUGCCAUCAAACAUCGGAAUCUGCCUUGACUGUGACAAAGGCAGCAUUGGAUUCUAUGAUGCAGAUCGGAUGAAGUGUAUUUACGAACGCCCAGUGGAAUGCUCUGGUAAAAUGUAUCCAGCUUUUGCAUUAAUGGGGAGCUCAGGAAUUCAUCUAGAAGAAACGAUUGCAGCAAAAUACCUGCAAUAUCAGGAUGAAGACAUUUAAUACCCAAGGACCCACCUUUAGCUUUGUGUCUUAAUUACAACAUAACUCCAAGUGCAUCUGCUGCACCCCCUGCUUUUGAGUCUGUUUUUCUUUUGUUUUUUAAUUGCAGAAAAAAGCAACUCUACUAAAUGUCUAGUGUCCAGAAAACUCUACCUGAAGACCUCUUUGAACUGUUGUUUUUUGUCUUAUAGUGACCUUGGAUACUCAGAUUAGCACCCUGAUUGCCUUUGAUAAACUGGAAACCUGCCAGUCUGUUUAAGUUUAAAUCCUUAUUUCUGACAUUGCCUCCAUUUACAUUCCAUUUUUAAACAAAUGGAAGUAGGCUCUUCUUUUUAGUAAUUAUAGAUUUGUUCACUUCAGAAGGAGCUAAUUUUGACUAUCCUGAGUGGUCAAAUGUGUAUCAGAAACUGUCUUUGCAUUAGAGCAAAGUGCUUUGUGAAUCCAAGCUAUGAGCAAAUUGGUAGCAUUUAGGAGAUGGAUAAUGAAUGACAGUUACUGUGUCUCACACAGAUUUAUUGUGAUUCAUAUUAUUGAUUUUUAAACCUGGUGCAAUUGCAAUGGUGAUUAAAUGCAGGUUCUUAUGUGUGUUUUCAGUAUUUUAGGUUAUCUCCUAUAUGCUGUAUUUAAUUUAUGUUUAAAUAAGUGCAAUUUUUCAUCAAACCUUGGUGUUAAAACCUCUGUGUAUGUGACUUGUGUGUGUGUGGGGGGGGAUGAAAUGCAGACACAAUUUGCAUUUUAUAUUUUUCUUUAAAAAAGGGUUUUGGCACAUUUAAUUCUUCAUAAAAUUAAGGCGGUCAGUGUGUUUAGAAUAAAAGCACUGAUAAAUUAAGUUUGAAACACUUUUACCUUAAGGUAUCAUCAGUCCAAACUUCUUAGCUAAAAAGCAAUCCAUACAAAAUUGUCUAAAGCUCCAUAAUCAUCUUAAGUGUGUAAAAAAAUUGCUUCAUGUUUGUGAAGCUUUGCACUUCAGGUCAUAUAGGGUUUUUAAUUUGUUUUACAUAAGUAGAUAUGUGUAGUCCACUUUAUGUGUUAAAUACUGUUUCAAAAAAUAUCAACUAUGCAGUAGUUACACAAGAUCUGGUAAGCACUAGUCAUUCUGAGUCAAAUAAUAACCCAAAUGAUUAAUUUAAGCUUUUUUAUUUAUUAUGUGAUAAUUAUUUAUUUACAGUGAAGUGGUAUUCUGCCUAAUGUCAGUUUAAUUAAUACCAUCAAUUUAAUCUACCCAAUGGAUUGGAACAUUUUUUCUGCCUUUACGUACUCUAUUGUUUGAAUUAAAAAUAAUAAUUUGAGCUGGGAAAUAGUAGAAUGUUCAGGGCCUCCUGAAUGCAAAAAGUGGUGCUUUUCUUUAGUUUAAGGGACCAGGGAAACACCUAGCCAUGCGGUGAACAAAAAUGGGGGGAUAAAAAAUAAACAAUUUUAUUUUCUGCACUUUACAUAUACUAAGCUAAACCUUAUGUGGAUUACUCACAAUAUAGCUGCUAUAACUAACAAAGUUGGUAACCACUCUGUAAUUUGUGAACUCUAGGCAAAAAGAUACAUCAUGGAGAUUGUUUUUUUACAAAAUAAUUUUUGAAGCUUUAAUAACAAUUCAAAAGGCCUUGUUUUGAAGAUAUUGUGAAGUGGAAAUGUAUCAUUUCUGAAGAUUUUCUGUUUUUUUUCU